GGAUGUAGGCAGAGGAAAUCUGAGGUAUGCCUCCAUCCCUCCCUCUAGGCUCCAUUCCUCCUCCGUCCACCCCUUCGCUGUCAUCUCGUCGCAUCUCUUCAGUCUCUCAUGCACCUGUCUCAUCAUAAAACCAUGACAACUCACUCACGGCGGAAAUUUAAACGUUUUGUAACACGGCACCACUGAAGUAACAAUGCCAGGUACCGAAUAACGUCGAGAUAAGAGAAAAAUCCCGUCACCGUGUCGACAAGCAAUCGCGCGACCUCCUCGCCGAAGUCACGCUCCGAUACGCAACAUCACACGCGUGCCAAGGGGAGAGCGUUUACGCGCGGCAGAUGCGUCCCUAUCCUCGCUGAGAUGAUGGCUCUGUGGACGCUCUUCUGCAUCCUCGCCAUUGUGAAAACAUGUUUGACCUGCAGGCAGUCAUGGAGCAGAUACAGAAGAGAGACUGGUGGAGCAUCUUCUUAAUCCGGCCCAUUACAAUAAACUGAUUAGACCAGCGACCAAUGGCUCUGAAUUGGUGACGGUGCAACUGAUGGUCUCACUUGCCCAGCUCAUCAGUGUGCACGAGAGAGAGCAGAUAAUGACCACUAAUGUCUGGCUUACACAGGAGUGGCAGGACUACAGGCUAAUAUGGAGCCCGGAUGAGUUUGAUGGCAUGAAGAAAGUUCGCCUUCCCUCCAAACAUAUUUGGUUACCUGAUGUUGUCCUUUACAACAAUGCUGAUGGGAUGUAUGAGGUCUCCUUCUACUCCAACGCUGUCGUCUCCUAUGAUGGAAGUGUCUUCUGGUUGCCACCAGCCAUCUACAAGAGUGCCUGUAAAAUUGAGGUGAAGCACUUUCCAUUCGACCAGCAGAACUGCACGCUAAGCUUUCGUUCGUGGACGUACGACCGCACGGAAGUGGACCUGGUUCUGCGCGCGGAUGUGGCCAGCAUGGACGAUUUCACACCGAGCGGAGAAUGGGACAUCAUCGCACUUCCCGGACGCAGGAACGAGAACCCCUCCGACCCUACCUACGUAGAUAUCACCUACGACUUCAUCAUCCGUCGCAAACCCCUCUUCUACACCAUCAACCUCAUCAUCCCAUGCGUCCUCAUCACCUCGUUGGCCAUCUUGGUGUUUUACCUCCCAUCAGACUGUGGUGAGAAGAUGACUCUUUGCAUCUCCGUGCUCCUGGCUCUCACUGUGUUCCUCCUUCUGAUCUCCAAGAUCGUGCCGCCAACGUCUCUGGACGUUCCUCUGGUUGGGAAGUACCUGAUGUUCACCAUGGUGCUGGUGACUUUUUCUAUCGUGACAAGCGUGUGCGUGUUGAACGUGCAUCACCGGUCGCCCACCACCCACACGAUGCCACCGUGGGUCAAGCUUGUGUUUCUCAACAAGCUCCCCGCAUUGCUUUUCAUGAGACAACCGCGCAACAGCAGCGAACGGCAACGUUUGCGACAGCGUCGCCGUGCCAAUGAACAGCAGGAAGGUGGGUUGGCUGCAGGGCUUAUGGCGGGGCUGGGCCUGGGCGUGUCUUCAUCUGGGAGUAAAGAAAGCAAUGAGGCAUGCACUUGCUACGUAAACCGAGCCUCAGUAAAACAGUUCGGGGCGGAGUUGGGUGGCGGGGGGUCGACGGAUGGACUGAAUGGGUUGAGGGAAGGGGGCAGAGAGGCCAGGGAAGGAGGUUCGAAUACAUUGCAGAGCUCUGCUGUUCCUCGAGGGAAGCAACAGACCCCUACUGUCCUCACACAGGCCCUGUUGGCCCAGGCCUGCCCAGGGUUCGAUGAGGCUGUGGAUGGAGUCCGCUUCAUAGCAAACCACAUGAAGAGUGAGGAUGAUGAUCGUAGUGUGAGCGAGGACUGGAAGUACGUUGCUAUGGUAAUCGAUCGCCUGUUCCUCUGGAUCUUUGUGUUUGUGUGUGUUUUUGGCACAAUCGGGAUGUUUCUUCAACCGCUGUUCCAAAACUACACAGCUAAAACUAUUACCCACUCACCUGGCUGACAAACCCCCUAACACCACGACACCAAGAGACGCUACCCACCAUCAGUCGCGAGGGGAAAAGGGAGGUCUGCCCAAGAGGAAGGGAAUUAUAACGGGUCAAUGUGUUUCUCUGGACUAAUCUUUUAGGUUUAUACAAACCUUUUGGGAAUAUAAAAACAUACAAUCUGGAUUUGGUUCAGGAUAUUCAUGCAAGAUGUCCGGUCCUUGUCCCCUCCUUUUAGGUGAAAACCACAGAAGCCAGUCGGAGAGGAAGGGGACACCAGUUUACCAGUUGCUCUGCAAAUCUAAAGCCAUGCACGCCCAUAAACUCCACAAUUAUGAGCCCUUUGCAGUUACACAGUCACUUAUAGAUGCAACCAAGUCAAAAAACAUUUACAUGCCAAUCCUUUUUUUUAUUGAAAACACAGCAGGUACUUGUUUCUGUGCAAACAUAUGUCUGGUUCUUGGAAACAGGGCUUUAAUGCAGUAUUGUAUUAUUUAUAUAAUCAAUAAGUGAAUUGUUUUAACACAACACACAUUAUGAAAGUUGGCACAACAAAAUUGGCUUGUUGUUUGCAAGUGGAGCAGGUUAAAUAUGGCAAAUGAGUGAGGACUUUUGAUUUAUCAUUAAAUGGGUCUCUGUGGCCUACUGUAUUGGAGACAUUACGUGGUCCCAACGUGGGCAGGCAGACUGACUAAUACAAAAACAGCAGAGUCUAAAGGUAUCUUAGUACUCCUGCAGGAGAACACACAGAUAAAGUAAAAGGCAUGAUUAUAUUCUGUUUCACUGUUUAUCUGUCCACGUUUUCAGAUUUGAUAAACUGACUAAAUGCGAGCAUUGCAAUGAUGUUAAGCCUCCUAUAAAUUUAAUCUUUAUGCCCUUUUAUUUUCUUAUCUCCUUUGCUCCUCUGUGCUUCUUUUCAUUGCUACAGUAUAAUCUAUGCUCUUAUACAUUGCAAAAUGCAUUGCAGUGCACACUGUAUAUCAAGUCUGUAUUUAAGAGUCUAGUCCAGCGCAAGAGGACAGUAUACUUUCACACUAACACACAUUAAUUUGAAUUGUCUGUCACACAAUUUCUAUUCACCGUUUUGUUUUGCAACCUUUUGUAAACCUGUUCUGCAUUACUGCUCAUUUACAUUAAAUGCUAUAUAGGUUACUAUGAAUAUAUAUAAAGCCAGUGACCUACACCAUUCCUGUAUUCUAAAACACAGCCGGUCAGCCAUUUUGAAGUUUCAUUGAUUUUGAUGUCGGAAGGUCAAAAAUUGCAAGAUCAGAGAACAGUGAAUCUGCAUAGUCAAUACGCUGCUGACAUCUCAUGAGUCAUGAUUACAAAGCAAAGCAAUAAAAUCAAAGCUAUUUCCUCUGCUAAGUGGACCUACAAAUGUUUCUUCGAGUUUACACAUUGCAUCUUUCUGGUAAAGUCCUCAAAUUCAUCUACACUCACCUAAAGGAUUAUUAGGAACACAAUACUAAUACUGUGUUUGAUCCCUUUUCGGCUUCAGAACUGCCUUAAUUCUACGUGGCAUUGAUUCAACAAGGUGCUGAAAGCAUUCUUUAGAAAUGUUGGCCCACAUUGAUAGGAUAGCAUCUUGCAGUUGAUGGAAAUUUGUGGGAUGCACAUCCAGGGCACGUUCCACCACAUCCCAAAGAUGCUCUAUUGGGUUGAGAUCGGGGGACUGUGGGGGCCAUUUUAGUACAGUGAACUCAUUGUCACGUUCAAGAAACCCAUUUGAAAUGAUUCGAGCUUUGUGACAUGGUGCAUUAUCCUGCUGGAAGUAGCCAUCAGAGGAUGGGCACAUGGUGGUCAUAAAGGGAUAGACAUGGUCAGAAACAAUGCUCAGGUAGGCCGUGGCAUUUAAAUGAUUCCCAAUUGGCACUAAGGGGCCUAAAGUGUGCCAAGAAAACAAGGUAACAAGGCAUGAUGGAUCCAUUUUAUAAUUCUGUUUACGCCAAAUUCUGAUUCUACCAUCUGAAUGUCUCAACAGAAAUCGAGACUCAUCAGAGCAGGCAAUAUUUUUUCAGUCUUCAACUGUCCAAUUUUGGUGAGCUCCUGCAAAUUGUAGUCUCUUUUUCCUAUUUGUAGUGGAGAUGAGUGGUACCCGGUGGGGUCUUCUCUGCUGUUGUAGCCCAUCCGCCUCAUGGUUGUGUGUGUUGUGGCUUCACAAAUGCUUUGCUGCAUACCUCGGUUGUAACAAGUGGUUAUUUCAGUCAAAGUUGCUCUUCUAUCAGCUUGAAUCAGUCGGCCCAUUCUCCUCUGACCUCUAGCAUCAACAAGGUAUUUUUGCCCACAGGACUGCUGCAAACUGAAUGUUUUUCCCUUUUCACAUCAUUCUUUGUAAACCCUAGAAAUGGUUGUGUGUGAAAAUCCCAGUAACUGAGCAGAUUGUGAAAUACUCAGACCAGCCCGUCUGGCACCAACAACCAUGCCACGAUCAAAAAUGACCACACCCCUAAAUGCAUUGAAGCAACUGCCAUGUGAUUGGAUGAUUAGAUCAUUGCAUAAUGAGAAAUUGAACAGGUGUUCCUAAUAAUCCUUUAGGUGAGUGUAUAUAGUUCAUUAAACCGAUUACACAAACACAUUCACCUACGGAUUAAAAUGAUUUUCUGCACUAGCACUCGAAAUGACCUCGCUCUUUUACUGGCCGUGCUUUGUUGCAUACUUCAUGAGUUUACUGCUGUAGUGCUGUGGCUCUGUCAAUCACAAUACCUUCCUCUAAUGUGUACAUUCCCCUCACCAGCACUGAUCUUCAGAAAGCCCUGUUACAAACCACAGAGAUGCACAGUACAGCUGCUAUAUUAAAUUACAUGUUCUAACCAUUAGCUUUUAAAGACAUUACAGUAUAAGAGUCAUGUGAAUUAUUUUGUUUGGGCUCCAAAUGGCUUGAGUUCUCCAAUGACUCACCUUUGCCCUUACACCUAUUUAUAAGAGCAAUGAGGCUGUAUUCACCUCCACAACGAGUUUCUCUAUUUAUUAAAGCAUCCUGUCUGAGAAAGAGAGAGGAAGGAUUUUAUAUCCAAGCACUAAGGAAUGACGGAAGUUAUGCAACACCACAAUCAAAUCAACCUAUUCAGUACUGCAAUAAUACUGUGACAUCACUUUGAUUAUGUGUGAAACCAUGUGUUGGCCAAUAAGUGUGUGCACUGUCUUAUUUACACAACAAUGGCACUAAAAUAUCUGCCUCCUACUCUCACUUCCUUCCCUUGGCUGACGUAUCAUCACAUAUAUCCUGUCAAAUAAAGUUUAGAAGUUUAUUAUACCA